AUGGAUAGAGGUCGACGCGUUACUGCAAGAAGGAUUGUUCAGCAGCAACCCGACCACUUCGAGAUCGAAGGUCUAAUUCUCGAAAAGGACAUGGAUUCGUCACCACUACAGGUUCUGGUGAGCCCUGAUGGCACCAGGCUACUCAUUGCUAUGAUUGAGAAGCAUGCGGUCUGGGACUUGCAGACUGGCCUUCUCGUCAAAGAUUACGCCUUUGAAAAGACUAGCUCACCGGGAAAAUGGGUGAGCAAACCACAAAGUGACUUGUUAAUGUUGAUCCAGAAAGCCAGCGUGCACGCCUACAGCUGGACUUCAUUCGACCUCUUAUCAACGUUUAUGUAUGAAUCGUUCAAUGAACACAAGGAAAACGGCAGUACAAUCCUUGAUACUAUCUGCCUACCUCACUGCCGUGACAUCUAUAACAUCUCCUCGAGAACCAGAUCCUCCAAUUCGACUCCUAUCAUGCAUACCCUGUCGUCCGAUCAUCAUCCUCCACCGGAGAAUCAAUUCUCUUCACAUCACACAUGUUACGAGAGGACCAUUGAAGACUACAAAUACACCUUGGGUAUACACAAGGAAAGGCUUAUCUUCCUCCAGCAGAGUGGAUGGGUCUGCUCAAUCAACCUUGAGACUGCUGCUACAGACAAGUUCUAUACACGGCACUUCUAUGUACCUCUUCCUUGGCACAGUGCUGGCGUGAACGCCCCUGCUACAAUCACACCACAAGGAACUGUCAUUCUAUCUGUGAGACAUGAGAUUGCUGUCUUUCACAACGGAUUGGAUUACGAGGAGCAAGUACCUAUAUAG